AUGGCCACCGUCCUGCUCAUCCUCGACGUUCAAAACGGGGUAAUAGACCGCCUCGACAACACCGAGUCCUACCUCGAACGACUGUCGUCAGUAGUCACUUCCGCACGGAAGGCCAACGUGAAAAUAAUCCACGUUAUUACCGGCUUCCGUCCAGGCUAUCCUGAAAGCCACCCAAAUAACUCAUCAGUGCCCUCUGUCGUCGCACGUGGUGAAUACAUCGAAGGCCAAUCGUCGGUGCAAGUCCACCCAGCCAUCGCACCUGCAUCGGGAGAAGUGGUCCUCACUAAACGUCGCGUCUCGGGCUUCUUUGCUACGGAACUUGAUAUGCUUUUGCGCUGUGCAAAUGCCGAGUCUAUCGUUGUCGCAGGCUUGAUCACCAGUGGGGCUGUGCUAUCUACUGUUCGUCAGGCAAUGGAUAUGGACUAUCGCAUUACGGUCCUGGAGGAUUGCUGCAUGGAUCGUGAUGAGGAGUUGCACCGUGUGCUGAUGGAGAAGGUCUUUGCUCGCAAGGGGGAUAUUGCUUCAGCCAAGGAGUGGGUGGAGAAGCUUUCUAUCGGGGAGGAACGUUGA